GGGAGCCUGGAGGACUAGUGAGGAGGAGUUGAGAGAACGGAGCGGACGCCAUGGCGACCAACAUCGAGCAGAUUUUUAGGUCUUUCGUGGUCAGUAAAUUCCGGGAAAUUCAACAGGAGCUUUCAAGUGGAAGGAGUGAAGGCCAGCUCAAUGGUGAAACAAAUACACCUGUUGAAGGAAACCAGGCAGGUGAUGCAGCUGCUUCUGCCAGGAGCCUACCAAAUGAAGAAAUAGUUCAGAAGAUAGAGGAAGUACUUUCUGGGGUCUUAGAUACGGAACUACGAUAUAAGCCAGACUUGAAGGAGGCUUCCAGAAAAAGUAGAUGUGUGUCUGUACAAACAGAUCCUACGGAUGAAAUACCUACCAAAAAGUCGAAGAAACAUAAAAAGCACAAAAAUAAAAAGAAGAAAAAGAAGAAAGAAAAGGAAAAAAAGUAUAAAAGACAGCCAGAAGAAUCUGAAUCAAAGCCGAAAUCACAUCAUGAUGGGAACGUAGAUUUAGAAUCAGAUUCCUUUUUGAAGUUUGAUUCUGAACCUUCAGAAAUGGCACUGGAGCAUCCUGUAAGAGUGUUCGGCCUAUCUGACACCAGUGAGUCUCCUGCACUUGUGCUAGAACCUCCUGUAGUAUCAAUGGAGGUAUUAGAGCCACACACCUUAGAAAUUCUGAAGCCAGCUACAAAAACUGCAGAACUGUCAGUUGCAUCUACAUCAGUAGUUUCAGUGCAGUCAGAGCAGUCUGUAGCAGUAAUGCUGGAACCAUCCAUGACAAAGAUUCUGGAUUCCUUUGCAGCAGCACCAGUGCCUACUACAACAGUAGUGCUAAAGUCAUCUGAGCCGGUUGUAACAAUGUCAGUGGAGUGUCAGAUGAAGCCUGUGCUGAAAUCAUUGGAGAGCACACCUCCAGAGCCAUCAAAGGUCAUGUUGUUAGAGCCUCCAGUAGCAAAAGUGCUAGAGCCAUCAGAAACCCUUGUGUCAUCAGAGACACCUACUGAGGUGCACCCUGAGCCAAGCACAUCGACAACAAUGGAUUUUCCAGAGUCAUCGGCAACUGAAGUGCUAAGAUUGCCAGAGCAGCCUGUAGAAGUACCAUCGGAGAUUGCAGAUUCAUCCAUGACAAGACCGCAGGAGAUGCUGGAGCUGCCCAAGACCACAGCGUUGGAGCUGCAGGAGUCGUCGGUGGCCUCAGCGAUGGAGUUGCCGGGGCCACCUGCGACCUCCAUGCUGGAGUUGCAGGGGCCCCCUGUGACUCCAGUGCUGGAGUUACCUGGGCCCUCUGCUACCCCGGUGCCAGAGUUGCCAGGGCCCCUUUCUACCCCAGUGCCUGAGUUGCUAGGGCCCCCUGCGACAGCAGUGCCUGAGUUGCCGGGGCCCUCUGUGACGUCAGUGCCACAGUUGUCGCAGGAAUUGCCAGGGCUUCCAGCACCAUCCAUGGGGUUGGAGCCACCACAGGAGGUACCAGAGCCACCUGUGAUGGCACAGGAGUUGCCAGGGCUGCCUGUGGUGACAGCAGCAGUAGAGCUGCCAGGGCAGCCUGUGGUUACAGUAGCAAUGGAGUUGACCGAACAACCUGUGACGACGACAGAGUUGGAGCAGCCUGUGGGGAUGACAACGGUGGAACAUCCUGGGCAGCCUGAGGUGACGACGGCAACAGGGUUGCUGGGGCAGCCUGAGGCAGCAAUGGUGCUGGAGUUGCCAGGACAGCCAGUGGCAACGACAGCGCUGGAGUUGCCAGGGCAGUCUUCGGUGACUGGGGUGCCUGAGUUGCCAGGGCUGCCUUCGGCAACUAGGGCACUGGAGUUGUCGGGGCAGCCUGUGGCAACUGGGGCACUGGAGUUGCCUGGGCAGCUCAUGGCAGCUGGGGCACUGGAGUUCUCGGGGCAGUCUGGGGCAGCUGGAGCACUGGAGCUUUUGGGGCAGCCUUUGGCAACAGGGGUGCUGGAGUUGCCAGGGCAGCCUGGGGCGCCAGAGUUGCCUGGGCAGCCUGUGGCAACUGUGGCGCUGGAGAUCUCUGUUCAGUCUGUGGUGACAACAACGGAGCUGUCAACGAUGACCGUGUCGCAGUCCCUGGAGGUGCCCUCGACGACAGCGCUGGAGUCCUAUAAUACGGUAGCACAGGAGCUGCCUACUACAUUAGUGGGGGAGACUUCUGUAACAGUAGGAGUGGAUCCCUUGAUGGCCCAAGAAUCCCAUAUGUUAGCUUCUAACACCAUGGAGACCCAUAUGUUAGCAUCCAACACCAUGGACUCCCAAAUGCUAGCAUCCAACACCAUGGACUCCCAGAUGCUAGCGUCCAACACCAUGGACUCCCAGAUGUUAGCCUCUAGCACCAUGGACUCCCAGAUGUUAGCAACCAGCUCCAUGGACUCCCAGAUGUUAGCAACCAGCUCCAUGGACUCCCAGAUGUUAGCAACCAGCUCCAUGGACUCCCAGAUGUUAGCAACCAGCUCCAUGGACUCCCAGAUGUUAGCAACCAGCUCCAUGGACUCCCAGAUGUUAGCAACCAGCUCCAUGGACUCCCAGAUGUUAGCAACCAGCUCCAUGGACUCCCAGAUGUUAGCAACCAGCUCCAUGGACUCCCAGAUGUUAGCAACCAGCACCAUGGACUCCCAGAUGUUAGCCACUAGCUCUAUGGAUUCCCAGAUGUUAGCAUCUGGCACUAUGGACUCUCAGAUGUUAGCUUCCGGCACCAUGGAUGCUCAGAUGUUAGCGUCUGGUACCAUGGAUGCUCAGAUGUUAGCAUCUAGUACCCAAGAUUCUGCUAUGUUGGGUUCAAAAUCUCCUGAUCCCUACAGGUUAGCUCAGGAUCCUUACAGGUUAGCUCAAGAUCCCUAUAGGUUAGGUCAUGACCCUUACAGGCUAGGUCAUGAUGCCUACAGGUUAGGGCAAGACCCCUAUAGAUUAGGCCAUGAUCCCUACAGACUAACUCCUGAUCCCUAUAGGAUGUCAGCUAGACCUUAUAGGAUAGCACCCAGGUCCUAUAGAAUAGCUCCCAGGCCAUAUAGGUUAGCACCUAGACCCCUGAUGUUAGCAUCUAGACGUUCUAUGAUGAUGUCCUAUGCUGCAGAACGUUCCAUGAUGUCAUCUUACGAACGCUCUAUGAUGUCUUAUGAGCGGUCUAUGAUGUCCCCUAUGGCUGAACGCUCUAUGAUGUCAGCCUAUGAGCGCUCUAUGAUGUCAGCUUAUGAGCGCUCUAUGAUGUCCCCUAUGGCUGAGCGCUCUAUGAUGUCAGCUUAUGAACGCUCUAUGAUGUCAGCUUACGAGCGCUCCAUGAUGUCCCCGAUGGCUGACCGAUCUAUGAUGUCCAUGGGUGCUGACCGGUCUAUGAUGUCGUCAUACUCUGCUGCUGACCGGUCUAUGAUGUCAUCGUACUCUGCAGCUGAUCGAUCUAUGAUGUCAUCUUAUACUGCUGAUCGUUCAAUGAUGUCUAUGGCAGCUGAUUCUUACACCGAUUCUUAUACUGAUACAUAUACGGAGGCAUAUAUGGUGCCACCUUUGCCUCCUGAAGAGCCUCCAACAAUGCCACCAUUGCCACCUGAAGAGCCACCAAUGACACCGCCAUUGCCUCCUGAGGAACCACCAGAGGGUCCAGCAUUACCCACUGAGCAGUCAGCAUUAACAGCUGAAAAUACUUGGCCUACUGAGGUGCCAGCAUUACCUCCUGAAGAGUCUGUGUCGCUGCCUGAACCUCCUGUGAGUCAAAGUGAGAUUUCAGAGCCUUCGGCAGUGCUUGCUAAUUAUUCAGUAUCAGCAUCAGAGCCUUCAAUGUUAGCAUCAGAGGCUGCCAUGACUGUUCCAGAACCACCACUGGAGCCAGAGUCUUUGGUCACGUCAACACCUGUAGAGUCUGCUGCCGUAGCAGAAGAGCAUGAAAUUGUUCCAGAAAGACCAGUGACUUAUAUGGUGUCGGAAACUCCCACAACAUCAGGUGAACUGACUGUGUUAACAUCAGAGCCUUCUGUUAUGUCAGAGGCAGCAGAAACUUUUGAUUCCAUGAGGGCUUCAGGACAUGUUGCCUCAGAGGUAUCUAUGUCCCUGCUGGAGGCAGCAGUACCUAUUCCAGAGCCAUCACAGAGCACUGUAGAUCUGCCAGCCAUGGCUGUCUCAGAGCUACCAGCUGUGGCUGUCCUGGAGCAACCAGCUGGAACUGUUUCAGAGCCACCAGCCAUGGCUGUUCCAGAGCCACAGGCUGAGGCUGUGCCAGACCCAGUGGCUGUGGCUGUCCAGGACCCACCGGCUGAGGCUGUCCCAGAGCCCCUGGCCUUUUCUGAGCCAGAGCAUGUUACCGUUCCUGUGCCAGUUGUUUCUGCCCUGGAGCCUACUGUGCCUGUCCUGGAACCAGCGGUGUCAGUCCUUCAACCUAACUUGAUUGUUUCAGAACCAUCUAUUUGUGUCCAAGAAUCCACUGUGACAAUUUCAGAGCCUCCUGUCACUGUCUCAGAGCCGACUCAAGUAAUAGCAACUGAGAUGGUUUUAGAGUCUACACCAAUAAUACUGGAGUCUAAUGUUAUAAAAGGAAUGAAUUUACUAUCUGGCGAUCAAAAUCUUGCUCCAGAGAUUGGCAUGCAGGAGAUUCCCAUGCAUUCAGACGAAGAGCCAUAUGCUGAAGGACACCUGAAGAAUGACUCUUAUGAAACUGAAAAUGAUAUGAAUAUAGACCUUAAUAUAAAUAAUCACUUAAUUGCUAAAGAGAUGGAACAUAACACAGUGUCUGCUGCCAGCACUGGUGCUGUUGGUGAAACUGGUGAAGAGAAAAUUUUGCCCACCAAUGAGACUAAACAAUGCACAGUAUUGGAUAUCUGCCCUAGUGUUAGUGAAACUGAUGUAGGAGGGACUCUGUCUUCUACUGGUCCCCUUGCUCUUGAACCUGAUGCAGUGGGAACUGGUAAGGGUCUUGAAUUUGCCACAGCAUCUGCUCUCAGUUCAGUUAGUAAAUAUGAUGUUGAAGUAUCAUUAACUACUCAAGAUACUGAACAUGACAUGGUAAUUUCCACCAGCCCCAGUGGUGGUAGUGAAGCUGACAUAGAGGGACCUUUACCUGCUAAAGACAUCCAUCCUGAUAUACCAUCUACUAAUAACUUUGUCAGUAAGGAUGCAGAAGGAUCAUUACCUAUGCUGGAGAGUGACCAGACAUUAGCAGUGGCUCUCAGUCCUAAAGAAAGUAGUGGAGAAGAUAAAGAAGUACCUCUCCCUACUAAAGAGAUACUGUCUGAUUCAGGAUUUUCUGCCAACAUUGAUGAUAUUAAUGAAGCUGAUUUAGUGAGACCAUUACUUCCUAAGGACAUGGAACGUCUUACAAGCCUUAGAGCUGGUAUUGAAGGACCUUUACUUGCAAGUGAAGUUGAACGGGAUAAAUCUGCUGCCAGUCCAGUUGUAAUUAGUAUACCGGAAAGAGCUUCAGAGUCGUCUUCAGAGGAAAAAGAUGAUUAUGAAAUUUUUGUAAAAGUUAAGGACACACAUGAAAAAAGCAAGAAAAAUAAGAACCGUGACAAAGGUGAGAAAGAGAAGAAAAGGGACUCUUCGUUAAGAUCUCGAAGUAAGCGUUCCAAGUCUUCUGAACACAAAUCGCGAAAGCGCACCAGUGAGUCUCGUUCUAGGGCAAGGAAGAGAUCAUCUAAGUCCAAGUCUCAUCGCUCUCAAACACGUUCACGGUCACGAUCAAGACGCAGAAGGAGGAGCAGCAGGUCAAGAUCAAAGUCUAGAGGAAGGCGAUCUGUAUCAAAAGAGAAGCGCAAAAGAUCCCCAAAGCACAGAUCCAAGUCCAGGGAAAGAAAAAGAAAAAGAUCAAGCUCCAGGGAUAACCGGAAAACAGGUAGAGCUCGGAAGAGCAAACGUGUGAACUCCACCUACGGCUGCCUCGUUGUUGGGGGAGUCUUAGGUGGUUACAGAGGGCUUUCUGAAGAAAUGUAUUCUGGUGAAGGGAGUGGCUUGGUUGGAUGGGUGAUGGGGAAAUUUGUUUCAGGAGUAUUGGCAGCAUAGCAGUGCUGAAACUGGGAGGCUGUGUGGUCUAAUGGAUUGGGGAGGUUUCUUUAUUUAUCCUGCUGUACUCCUGACUCCUUUUGUGACUGUGGCAAGUAAUUACUUGGAAUUUCAGUCUCCAAGUGCCUUCUUCCUGCCUCUCAGGGUGGUGAUCAGUAAUGGGAUGGGUACCUAUAGAAAACUGCUGUGAGUGCCAAUGAGUGAGCUGAAUUUCUGAAAAGUCAUAUUUUUUGUUGCUUUGGACCUUUUAAUAACUUUUUUUUCAGUUUUGAUAGCAUUAUCUCUGGUGAUCUUCUUAUUAACAAAUUAAUGUAAAGCAUAUCCUUACUUUGCCUGCCCCCCUUUUUGGGGGAGGGGGGAAUAGUUGCACCAAUAUCUAUAUAGUGAGUACACAAUCAGGUUGGUUAAAAAAAUUACAACUUACCUAGUUUACUAGGGGUUGAUGGAAAAAAGAUGAAAAUCUAGCAAAAUAUUUUUAAGCUUGUAUUAGUUUUGGACUAAUUAUAUUACAGUAUUUAAGAUAUGAAAGUGAUUCAUGUGCUUGAAAAAUGGCUUUCAUCUCAUUGGGAAUAAUUAUAAAUGUACAUCUAUUUCUUUAACAAUUUUAGUUCUUUAAUACUAUUUAAUGUUGAAGCUGAGUACUCCAUAUUUCAGAAAGUUAGACUUGAAGUUUAUGUGGGUGUUUAGCACAUAAUAAUUAAAUAGUCAUGUACAUUACUAGGUAGAAACUUCAGAAUGUGAUUCCAUUGCAAAGUUGGUCUUCAUUUGUACAGUGAAGUUCUGAUCCAUACAUAAUGCUACAGACUUCUAAACAUCAUCACUUUAACAUAACUUACCAAAUGAUUAAAUUGGUUCCCUGUAAACUUUCCCUUAAUUUUUUUUGGUUUCCAGUCUUGUAGACAGUUGGCAGAUUUUAAAUAAUUUACAUCAUUUAAAAUAUAGACAUAAAUCAUUUUUGAUAAGUUAUCACAAGAGAAAGAUGUGUUCAUUCAUCAGACCAAAGUUUUAAAUAAUUAUAGAAGAAAGCAGUGCUUUCAGGAAAACUUCCAUUCAUAUGUUACUGAACAAUAUAUGCUGCUAAUAUCAGUUAAGGCCAGGAACAUUUUAUUUAUAAAAAUGAGCAAAAACAUGGAAAAAGUCAUUAGGCAGCUAGAAAUUUAACAUUCAUCUUCACUGUCAAAUAUCACAAACUGUCUACUUGUUUUAUUUAGAAAACUUUUUCAAAAUGUUCAUUUGGUGUUUUCUUGCCUUGCUGUAGGCCAGCACCCUCUUUUAAUGUUAAAGACUACAUGGAAUGCCAACAUUCUCCAUAUUCUUUUUUACUUUGCUGCAGUGUAUUCUUAGAUGAAAAAGUAUGAGAGUUUAUUAGUAGUAAAAAAAAAAAAAAAAUUUAAAUGGUUAUUGAUUUGAAAGAAGCUUUAUUUUCUGGAAUGAAAAGAUUUGGACAUGACCUGAUGAAUAUUGUUUACUUUUGUAGUCUCAUUAAUUAGCUUUUUGUUGAACUGUAUACACACUGGUGUAAAGAUUUGAAGAUAUUAGAGAAUGGAAACAAAAUUGGAAACCUGCGUUAUUGGGGAUUUGUAUUAUACUCUGCACAGUUGCCCUUUUUUUUAGGAGUGUUUCCUGGAAAAGAGGGGCGGAUGAACCUGGAAGUAAGUAAAAGUAAUUUUAGGUGUGUAGCAACAAGGCAGUUGGUAUCCAAGCAUCAGCUAACUUUUCUCUGUCCACCAACACUGCAUGGCCUGCACCAAGUAAGGAACUGAACCAGGGGUAUGUUUUUACCUCCACAGCUGCCUCCUUCCAUCAGAGUACCGUGUUGAACUUAAUGUCUAGUCACACUUCAUUGGCAUGUUUUCUCCCCAGCAGAUAAUUAAAAAGCUGGGAAAAAAUAACAGUACACAGUUUUACUAUUGUGUAAAACGAAGAUUUAAAAAUUCACUAUUAACUUAUCAGUAGAGGAGGUGAUUAAUGUAUACUAUUUCUAGAGCUACCAAAAUGUUUGACUGCCUCUGUUGAUAAGUUAAUGACUUUUGCUUACAUUUGCUAGAGAAUGUAAAUCUAGAAUGUUUAAUAACAAGGGGAAAUAAAACAUGAUUUGGAGAUGUAUGUUAUAAAUUUUUUAAAAAUGGCCAUAAAGAUCAACAGUAGAAUUCAGUGGUUUGUUACAUAUACAUGGAUGCCCUUUAAAAAGAGGCAUCACAUAGUUCUUAACACGUGAAAAUAACUGUUGACCAUGCUAAUGUAUAUAGUUGUGCAUCUUAUGACAUUAAGUGGUUUGCUGCUUUGAUGGAAAUUAUGGUUCAGUGGGUUGGAUACAAGAGAGAUGACUGUUCACAGAAUAACCUGUGAACUUUCACCCCUCUGUAUGGAAACUUGUUUCAGGGCCAAAUCCUUGUAGCUGUCUUCUUGCCCCGGUCAGUGCCAGCCCUACUAUUCACAACACUGCUGCUACCGAGGCCUAG